CGCGCAAUGAAGCAGCAUCAUCGUUCUAACGCGAGGAGGGAACCUCCAGUUUGGGAGGAAUCUUUUGUGCGACUGUAUUUACUGUAGUUGAACCGCGCGAAAUAUCUCAUCGGGAGCGUGCGCUGCUCCCGGUCAUCAAGCACGCGGCCGGGUCUACUUACUUGUUCAACAAUAACAAUAAAUUUAUCAACUGUUAGAGUGUCGCGAGAUCGCAGAGGAGAAAUCAUUGCGCGACGUAGCUUGCGCAGUUUUACGAAUCCUGACUGAGAGCCCUUUGGAUGAGCCCCAGUGCGAUGCGGAUUGUUGGGCGGUUCUGAACGCAAUUCGGUAUUUGGCGUUAAACAUAAGGACGUGGAUAAAGACUACUGGAAUCAUAAUAAUAAUAAUUAGUGGUGGUUGCUGGAUAGACACGAAAGUCAGCAGUAUCGCGUGAAGAAGUGGUGAUUCAAUUUGCAUAACCCAGUCGUUGAAAAGUGUGCAAAUCUUUAAUUGAGUCAAUUGACACAGUCCCCAACGGGGACAUCAGAGUGAUCGAGCAAGUCAUUCGUCUGUGAGCAUUGCUUACUCUCUUCAUUAGGUGGUAGUAGGCUAGUAGAAAGGGCAUUGACUAACUGAAGUGUAAACAAUGCACCCCGAUCACGUCAACAUCGUGUAAUGUGAAAACAAAAAUAACACAAAAAUUCGAAAAUAAACAUCCAUUGAUAGACGGAACCUUUUUGCGAUUGAUAUGGAGUUGAAGAUUGCGACGAAUGAACCCAAGAAACGCUUACCAGAUAAAGCGAGCCGGUGUGAGCUGGGGAUCGACGAACGAACAGGUCGUUUGCAGUGGUGCCCAGGCAGUCGAUACGCGAAGGUGUUGUUUGUGAUACCGGCCGCCAUGCUGCCGUUGGCGCUGUUAUUCUUCGUACUCACACGGCUGCACGUGGUGGGCUCGGUCAAGCAUUCCACUAUGCGGCGUCACGACCCACUCCACUACUACUCUGAUCAGUCGAACAAGCUGGACGAACUGCACCAACCGCUGUGUAAGCAGGUGCGCAGUUCCCUGUCGGAGGUGUUAGAGGUCGAGGAACGUGACAUUUUAAAAGACGUGAGAACUUCGUUCGUACCGAGCAGUUCGGUGAUCCACUGUGUGCCGGAUAAUGAACACGAUGAUCUCACAAUACCGGACGAUGUUGGUCGAUCGGAUGUUGUCAACUUUUUCCGGCAGAAGCGGUACUCAACUCAACGAAGAAAGGCCAAGAAGUCCGUGUUACAGAAAAUAUCUUGGAGUAGUGACGGUAGUUCGGACAGCAUAAGGACGGCACAGGUCGAGAUUAUGAAAAAGUAUAUGGACGUAAAGACAAACCCUUGUGACGACUUCUAUCAGUAUGCGUGCGGAAAAUGGGAAGACGUAAACCCGAUUCCCAAAGAUAAGGCAGGUUUGGACACAUUCGAGAUGUUGCGUGAAAGCCUGGAUAGUGUUCUGAAGAAUUUGCUGCUAGAAUCUAGUGAUGGCAGUUUGUUGGAAAUAGAAAACUCGUUAGCGACAACUGUGAACCCUCCGGAAACUGAACAUUUACGUAGGGUCAGGAAGCGUAUCAUCGGUAAGCGAGCUGUGUUGAACAAGCUUGUCCUGAAGGCACAGAUCAAGAAAACUAAACGAGAAUUAGCUUCGCACGUGGCACUGGAAAACGCGGUGGACAAUGCGGAAAACAAAGCACGUCAUCUCUUUAUUUCGUGCAUGAAUUACUCUCUUAUCGAGCAACGGGGGCUCCAACCGUUGUACGACCUGAUUGAUUCUUUGGGAGGUUGGCCUGUGCUGAACCCUGAUUGGAGCGAGGAGAAUUUCGAUUGGCUUAACUUGACGGCGCAAAUUCGCAAGUAUAAUAAUGACAUCCUGAUUGUUGAAUGGGUCGGCCCCGAUAUCAAGAACUCCGAUGAAAAUAUAAUCCAGUUUGACCAGACAUCACUUGGUAUGCCAACUCGUGAUUACUUUCUACAAUCUUCCAACAAGAAAUAUCUUGACGGAUACAAACAAUUCAUGAUCGAUGUUAUACGACUGCUUGGAGUUCAAGCGGAGGCCGCCAAUGUUGCUGCAGAAGAAAUGGUGGAUUUUGAAAUACAGCUCGCAAACAUUACAAGUUCCGUCGAAGAACGCAAUAAUGUCUCUAUCUUGUAUCGAAAAGUUAUCCUGGAGAACCUCCAUGAAGAAAUCCCCGAAAUCGAUUGGACUCGUUACCUUACGAUUGUGAUGGAGAAACCGAUCAACAAUUCUGAGUUUGUUGUUAUGUUCGCCGUCAACUACAUGAAGGAUUUAGUACAGUUGAUCAACGAAACUGAACCGAGAACGGUGGCCAACUAUAUUCUUUGGAGAUUUGUAAGACACCGCAUAAACAACUUGGACGAUCGUUUCCUGCAGGCGAAACAAAAGUUUUCUAAUAUCCUCUUCGGUCGCGAGAAAAGUCCUCCCAGAUGGAAGAACUGCGUCAACCAAGUGAACGCCAAUAUGGGAAUGGCGGUCGGGGCCAUGUUCGUUCGCAAGUACUUCGACGAAAAUAGCAAACGUGAUACCCUUGCCAUGACCCAUGAAUUGCAGCAAGCUUUCCGAGAAAUACUUAACGAAACCGACUGGUUGGAUGCCCCCACCAAGCACCUGGCAGAAAUGAAAGUCAACGCGAUGUCCCUCAGAAUCGGAUACCCGGACUUUAUCCUUUCGCACAAGGAACUCAACGAAAAAUACGCCGACUUGGAAAUCCACCCGGAAACAUAUUUCGAAAACACCUUGAACGUGCUCAGCCACAUCCGACGAACCGAUCAGAACAAAAUCGGACAAACCGUGAACAAAACUGCUUGGCAUACCGCUCCCGCCGUCGUCAACGCCUACUACAGUCGCAACAAGAACCAGAUCAUGUUCCCCGCCGGAAUUCUUCAGCCACCCUUCUACCAUCGCUACUUCCCCAAAUCGAUGAACUACGGCGGCAUCGGAGUCGUCAUCGGGCACGAACUGACCCACGGAUUCGACGACAAGGGACGAUUGUUUGACCGCGACGGAAACCUCUACCGCUGGUGGAGCGAUCAUGCCAUCGAAGCGUUCCACGAAAGGGCCACCUGCCUGGUCCAGCAGUACGGUAAGUACACUAUCGACGAAAUCGGAGUUCAGAUCGAUGGCGAAAACACCCAGGGGGAGAACAUUGCCGACAACGGUGGAAUAAAGCAGGCCUUUCGGGCUUAUACCAAGUGGCUUUCGGAGCAAACCGACCCUCACGUGCUGGAGCAGGAAACCUUCCCGGAACUGAACGUCACCAGCAGCCAGCUGUUCUUCCUCAACUUUGCCCAAGUGUGGUGUGGAGCGAUGCGACCGGAAGCGACGCGGAACAAACUCAAAACUGCCGUUCACAGCCCUGGGAGGUUCCGGGUGAUCGGAACGUUAUCCAAUUCGGAGGAUUUCGCCCGGGAGUAUGGCUGCCCGGUCGGAAGCGCCAUGAAUCCGACCGACAAGUGCAGCGUUUGGUGACGAACGCAGCUACGCAAUGCAGCGGCACUUGAAAUCGAUUCCAGUGAAAGUCAUUCCACUUGUAAAUGUAACUAAAUAAACGAUAUUACUAGCUUUAA